UCUGCUCACUUUGUGCUUAGUGAGGGCUUUUUCUCUCUCAAGUGAUCUCAGUGCAUUGCAUUUUCAUGCAAGUUUAUUGUGCAUUGCACUAAUCUGAGUAUGUGCUGAAACGCUGGAGUCUGAUUAACAUGGAUCACAUGAAGCAGUCGUGUUACGAGCUCUCUCUACCCGUCACGGAGAAAUGUAACCCCAUCAGCAGAGAUAUUGAUAGAGCAAACGGAAAACAGAUGGUGCAAAUACUGAGAAGAUGUGACGCCGAGAUUUUUGAGAAGAAAAUAAAUCAUGAUCCAUUUCAUCAGAGACUAUAUAGUUCACCAGUUAUCCAAACGAUGGUGGAUGUGGCAAAGAGGGUGGAAAUGAUGCUGAGGGACCCAGAGGAGAGUUUGAUUUUAUUAAGUGGCUGUGGAACAUCAGGCCGUAUUGCAUUUCUUUUGGUGACAUCCUUUAAUGAGAUGUUAAAUGCCCAAAAACAGAAACAGAUCUGUUCGUACAUCAUAGCUGGAGGUGACAGGGCCCUGCUGACAUCACAGGAGGCUCCAGAGGACGACCCGGUGCUGGGAGCUUGCACGCUGGACAAGGUUUGUGCAGGAAAGAAGCGCGUCCUGUUCAUUGGAAUAUCCUGUGGCAUGUCGGCACCAUUUGUUGCUGGGCAACUGGAUUUUUGUCUGAAGCACUUAGACGUCUUUACUCCAGUGCUUCUGGGAUUCAAUCCUGUACAUAUGGCGAGGAGUGAACCAAUGCAGGACUGUUCAUUUCACUUUAAAGAUGUUGCAGAGAGGAUGACUGCAGAGCAGAGGCAUAAGAAAGCGUUCGUCCUAAAUCCUGUGUUGGGGGCUGAGGCCAUCAGUGGAUCGUCCCGGAUGAAAGGAGGCAGUGCAACUAAAAUCAUUCUAGAAACUAUUCUUCUGGCCGGACAUGAAGCUGCAUUUAGAGGAAAGAUAACAACACCUGAAUAUAUUUCUGCCCGGAUCGCCGCGAGUGAGAUGGUUUAUGAAACUACUUACUCAAACAGUGAUGAGCUUGCAGCACUUAUUCAUAAAGCAGGAGAGAGCCUUCAGAAGAAAGCACAUGUGUACUAUAUUGGAUGGCAAACUCUUGGCAUUAUAGGACUGACUGAUGCAAGUGAAUGCAUCCCAACAUAUGGAGCAGAUUUUGAUGACAUCAGAGGUUUUAUCAACAAUGGUUUCAGCAAAAUGAAAAACAAAGAGGGGGAUCUAUCAUCUUUGGGGCCAGAAUUUGUAAUUGGCCACAAGGAUUUUGUGGACACCAUCUUACCGAGCCUGAGUCAAAAUGACAUGGUCCUGUUUCUGUUUACAGUUAAUGAUGACCUGCACGAGGUGACGUCACUUGCCGAUCAAGUGAGGCGAAGGACAUCUAAUUUGCAUGCAAUUGCUCAUGACCUUGAGAAAUUCAGCGUUCCUGAAAGAGUAUGCAUCAUGUUUGAAACCGUUCUGCACAUCACAUGGUCUUUUUCCUCAGAGGACGUGAACUCAUUUGUAAUGAGACAGCACUGGGAGCUUUCAACUAAAUGGUGUCUUAAUGCAAUCAGCACAGGAGCUCAUGUACUGAAGGGAAAAGUCUACAUGAACUACAUGAUCGACCUCAGAGUAACUAACAGCAAGCUGUACAGGAGAGCCAUCAACAUUUUACAGCAGUUCACAGGCUGCUCCGAAAGCGAGUGCGAAAGAGCUCUACUGAGAGCCAUCUACAGCACAGAUGACCUGAGUGAAGACAUGACAUCAGCAGAUGUGUGGAAACACACAGAUACGGCAAACAGACAGGAUCGAGUGGUCCCCACUGCGCUGGUGAUGAUCCGGUGCGGCUGCACUCUCGCCGAAGCUCGGCAUCAUUUGGAUUGUCAUCCUGUGAUCCGAGAUGCAGUGAGCGCCUGCUUCAAUUCUUCCGAGAACAAAAGCACUGUGGACUAA